CCCCUAUGUCCCUGCUCCCAUGCCUUUCUUACACUCUUCUCUCCCCUUCUUCUCAAAUACAACACCAUCAUAGCACCAUUUGCCAGCGCCAUUCAACACACUGUCUACGCCCUUCUUGUCUUCUUGCAUACAGACCAUUUGCAGCACGCUGUUCUGGAACGAACAGCCUCGUUAGGUCUCCCUGAAACGAGAGACGCGAGUACGCACCGUCUUACUGGUCGUCCUACCGCCCGACUACCCAGCAUCACUCACUCCCCUUCGUCCCAACCCGAGCAGGCCUUGCCAAGGCCCCUUUCGAUACCCUUUCAGCACCAUUACUAUACUUCUUCUUCGUCUUCUUCUUCUUCUUUCUAACCUUGUGAAUCAUCACUCGACGGCCUGCCUCUCCCAUCUACAUCACCCAUCAUGGCCGUUCGCAUACCCAGACUUGACACAAAGAUGCCUCAUCCCCAAGACCGCAAGCACAACCACAUGCAAUUCCACGUUGACCCGGCGGACUACCAGCACGACAACUAUUCGCCACAACGUAGUCCCCAGUAUAAACUCUCUAACGAAUCCGCUUCUUCCCUCGCCCAAGGCCAUGACCCUCUUGCCGAUUCGGGAGAUGACGGGAGCUUCGCGGUCAUAUCUCUCAGCGAGGAGGCCACUGCCUCGGGGGCCCUCUCGGAGACCACGGGCUCGGACGACACUGUCGUCGACCCGACCGCCACGAGGAAGGCCGCCGGUACCCCGGCUGUCCUCGGGUCUGCUUUGACCCAGGACAACAUCCAUCUCCACAAUCGGGUGUAUCCCCUCGGUUCUUUGUCGACAUACCAGUGGGUCUGGGGCCAGCCAUGCCUCGGCGGUUUUGAUAUCAAGGACACCUCGUCCAAGGAAAGCAUGAAGGUCCACGUCUCCCGCUCGCGCGUCAGUCAGGCGACUGAGAACCUCGACAGCGAAUAUGGCGUCGUCAACCACCCAUCCGAGGCAUACGUUGCCUUUGCCGGUGACUGGGCCGAUGUCGCCGCCGACCCUGCCAUGAUGGAAGAACUCGACCGACUAGAGUGAUAUUAUCGGCCCGACAUCCCUCUUGCCUCCCCUCCCGACUCUCUCCUGCUGCCCUGUCCGUCGGCUGCUCAUUCAUUCUCAUCAAGGAUUGUGUCGUCAUGAAGUGAUGGAAAUUUUAGGUUGCCUGAUUUGGUCCAUGCCACUCGUUUCGAUGCUGGUUUGACUUUGUAUUGCUGGAGGAGAGAAAGAAACAGUCGUUUCCUGGAUGAAAAAAGAAACUUCAGCCCUGAAAUCAUACAAUACACACUGGUGUACCGUCGGUGUGUCAUUGGAAUGCCAAUCACUGAUCUUCGUUGCAACCCCGUUACCUCACCCCAGUGACCGAGUCUAACAACCCUAACCCCUCCCCCUCGCGUCGGUUGUCACCGCUUCAGAUCUCCUGCCCCGCCAUGCGG